CACAAGACAGGAGAGACACCGCGCCACUCCCCCAAAACAUUUUGUCUGAAUUUCUUUGGCUUCCCAGUCGAAGCGGAUGGCGAUGGCAGGCAGGAGGCGCCCCGAUCUCCUCCUGCGCCGCCGCGCCAAUCUCUCAGCCCGUAGCCCGCUGAGAUCCAACCUUUCCACCGUGUCCGGCCGGAGACCGCCCGAACCCGCCGACCCGGCCCGCGCGGCGUCGAUCCUGGCCGAGAAGGACUGGUUCGCGCGGCUCAACUCGGAGUUCGCCGCCGCGCUGCCGCGCCUGGGCCCGCGCUUCGUGGUCCGCGUGCUGCACGCCGCCGUGCCCCUCGAGCCACGCCUCUGCGUCCGCCUCUACGUCUGGGCGUCGCGGUUCGGGACCCACUUCGCGCGGGACGCCUCGGUGCGGCGGGCCCUGGAGGACGCGCUGUGGCGGCGCGGGCCGCUCGUGCUGUCCGCGGCGCUGGUGGCGGAGGUCAGGGGCUGCGGGUGCGAGGUCUCCGAGGAGCUGCUCUGCUCCAUGAUCGCCAGCUGGGGCAGGCUGGGCCUCGCGCAGUACGCGCACGAGGUGUUCGUGCAAAUGCCGCGUCUCGGGCUGAGGCCCAGCACGGCGGUGUACAACGCCCUGAUCGCCGCGUCUGUGAGGGCUGGCGCCGUCGACACGGCAUACCUCAGGUUCCAGCAGAUGCCUGCGGAUGGGUGCCAGCCGGACUGCUUCACCUACAACACACUCGUUCACGGGGUCUGUCGUAGUGGGAUCGUCGAUGAGGCGCUCCGGCUGGUGAGGCAGAUGGAGGGCGUCGGGAUCAAGCCGAAUGUGUUCACUUACACGAUGCUGGUUGAUGGGUUCUGCAAUGCUGGCAGGCCAGAGGACGCACUUCAUGUGUUCAAUACGAUGAAGGAUAAGGGUGUAUCGCCGAAUGAGGCCUCGUACAGGACUUUGGUUCAUGGUGCGUUCCGGUGCUUGGGGAGCCACAAGGCGUAUGAGAUGCUUAGUGAGUGGAUAGGACGUCAGCCUCCACUGCACCCAAGUGCGUGGCAUACUAUGCUGUAUUGCUUAUCAAAGAACGAGAUGGCCAAAGAGGUAGUUGAGGUCGUGAAGAAGAUGAAAACUAGGGGUCUUCUCCUCGACAAUGCUAUGUUUGGCAUUGUGGUCUCUUGUGCUGUGAAGUGCCUGGAGUUGAGUGAUUUGUGUGAGUUGGUUGAUGAUUUCGUAAAGAAAGGCGGGAAUCCUGGAUUUCAUGUCUAUAUUAUGAUCAUCAAAUCCUUACUGGACUGCAAAAGUUCUUCAAAGGCAAACCACUAUUUAGAGCGCAUGGUUUUAGAUGGGCUCUUGUCUAGUGUGGCAUCUUAUAACAUGGUGAUAGAUUGCUUUGUCAAGGAAGGUGCAGUGGAUAGGGCAGUGGAGAUUAUAAAACAAAUGCGAGAGAAAGGUUUCCUUCCAAACCUUGUUACCUUUAAUAUACUGAUAAGUGGUUACUCAAAGUUAGGGGAUGUACAUAAUGCAAAGGCUGUUCUUAAGUUGCUUAUGGAAGAUGGUUUCAUGCCAGAUAUCAUUACUUUUACCUCCCUCAUUGACGGGCUAUGCCAUGCCCAUCAGAUGGAUGAUGCGUUUGAUUGCUUCAGUGAGAUGGCAGAGUGGGGUGUUAGACCAAAUGCUCAUACUUACAAUGUACUAAUGCGCGCGCUUUGUUCAGUCGGGCACGUUAACAAGGCCAUUGAUCUUCUUAAUAAAAUGAAAAUAGAUGGCAUUACUCCCGAUGCAUAUUCCUUCAAUGCUCCCAUUUUGAGUUUUUGCAGAAUGAAGAAAGUAGAUAAAGCUCGUAGUAUUUUUAAUGCCAUGCUAAGAUUAGGUGUUGUUCCAGACGGUUACACAUGCAACAUCCUGAUUAAAGCUCUUUGUGAUGAAAAGAGAGUUGAUGAUGCCAAAGAAAUUCUAGCUGCAACUGAGUCUAGUGGCUGUACUGUGACCGAUCAUCAUCACUCAUACUGGCCAAUUGUUUCUGCACUUACUAAAAUGGGUCGAUUCAGUGAGGCAGGACAGUUGAUGAACAAAUGUCACAUCAGAAAUGUUCAGUUGGAUUGUGGUUCUAAUCGUACCACAGAGCCUGCAAUGCAUGCCCGAGUUGUCAAUGUGUGAGUUGUGAUUUGGUAUCUACAUGCUAUUUGGCACAUGAAUGAUUGCCCUCCUCCUGCAAUGAAGGCUCACAACUGGCUCAUCUUUGCUAAGAUGAAUCACCUGGAACUUCUCAGCGCCCAUUGCUUUGUAGUGCAUUUCAGGAAUGAUAUGGAUUUGCACAUUUCUGUCUGAAAAUCUUUGCAGAAGAAGUCAGUAUGUUUCUUCUAGCUCUUUGCAUGUUUCGGUGAAUUCUCUACUUAAAGGGAUGAACUUCAUGCAAAAUAUUAUAGCUGCUUUUAAUUUGCGAAUACUGGAGAGGAAAGACCGCAAGCUAACAUAAAGUGAAUUUCAUGUACUUCUAGGACUAGUUUCAUUUUAUUUUGGGUUGUAUAUGAAAAUUGAAUUAAAGAGGAUUAGGAAAUUUAGUUUGAAACAAAGGGUAUUCAGAAAUUUCUAGUAGUCCUCAGUAAACAUGUAACAUCGGGUGCAACAUUCCUAUAAUUCUAUGUACUUUUAGAGUCUUAAAGCUGCUCACACACAAAUCUGGCCGUGGAGACUGUGAUGCUUUCUGUAAUUAGGAUGGCAGAAGUAUCCCAAGAAGAGCAGUCCGUAGCUUCAUAUUAUGUGUGUUGCUAAAAGUUAUUUGUGCCUUGGCAUAUUAAGCAGCGACCUUGGAGUGGUAAUAAAAAAUGCAACACAGCAAUUGUCUCAACUUCUCAUUGAAGAUGAAGACUUGUUAAGAAUUUCUCAUUUAUCUCCUUUUUUUUUGCAGGGCUGCUGAUUUCCAAAAGGAUUCUUAUGCUUGUGUGCAAAUGCUGUUCUCCUGGAAAACAAACAUUUCACAUCAUGCAAACUCGAUUCUGCGGAGGAUGAUUGCUUCCAAAUCCUCCUUGAGUUUCUGGUGUUUCAGACUGCACCCCAACAGCGCUCCAUGGUGACUGUGUCUACCGGUCAUGGGGGAGUUUGUUAUGUGAAUUCUCAUCGCUGCUCAACUUCUGUUCAACCUUACGGGGGCUAGCUUCUCUUCUUAUUCAUGACCUGUUCAUGGUGAGGAGGUGCGUUAUUCUGGUCUUGAGGCUACUUAGAGCGUUGAACUGACACCUGGAGAUGAAUAACGCCGAUUCACAUGUGCGGCCUCCUGCACCCAGUUGUUACAGCUGUAUAUACACCAAUUGUUGCAGUUGUAUAUACAGUUGCAAUUUAGAAUUGAUUCUAGAAACUACACUCGUUACUUCAGACCAGGAUGCAUAUAUAAAGCUUAAUUGGUCAGACGUCUCCUAUCAUGUGUGAUCUCCUGAACCACAUUACUUCACAUGCAGGAUCCUCCAUGUUGUUACAACGGUUUAGUAUACAUUUUUUUUAAUUUCAUGGGAUUCUUUGUUUGGACC